AUGACAUUACCAGCAAGACAACUUAGAAAUGGCUUAUUCGAUGCCAUGAUUCAUUGCACAGAUCAAGUUAUUUCUGGUGAAGUAUCUCCAAUGUCAGAUAACUUCUUCUUUGCAAUAAUGAAAGAACUUGUAACAAUCAGCAAUGAUUUGAUGAAACCAAAUUCAUCUUUAGAAUUGCAUGAGAGGUUGAUUGUUGCUGCAUCCUUUGCACAGAAUCAUCUUUUUGCAUACGGAAAAGCUCCAUACUGGGAAAUUCAUCUUACAGCCCAACCAUUGACACCUGUCUAUGGAAUUGAUCACGCUGCAACCCUUUCAAUUGUUGCACCAGCUCUCUAUGAGAGGCUCAAAGAAUCAAGAAAGGUCACAAUGGCGGCAGCUGCAGAGGCCGUUUGGAGAAUUCAUGAAGGUACAGUUGAUGAGAAGGCAGACAAAUUCAUCGAAUGCAUCCGCAAUUUUGCUUCUAAACUUGGAUUGCCAUUGAAAGUGUCAGAAUUCGAACAUGCUUCAAAGAUUCAUGAUGGUGAUGUUAAGAUUGUGACUCAAAAAGUCAUGGAGCUUGUAAGAAGUGACAAAUUUGGCUAUAACAAUGAAAUUACAGAGAAGGUUGUUGAGGAAAUCUUAACCAAAGUAAUACAGUAA